AUGGGUCUUUUUGGUAAUGGCCUCGUCAUCAUUUCGGUCAUCAUCACGAAGAAGCAUCGUACGAUCACUAACAUCUUGGUGCUUACCAUUCCAAGUCGCUGGUCUCCUAAGUCAAACAGGAAGUAUAUACCCUCUCGACGAGGCUGUCUGCGCAGUCGAUAUGCUGCAGUAGGAAACAUCACAGUGUGCUGCAGUGUAUGUACCCUCGUUGAUAUUACAUUCGUCCGCUGGUACGUCAUCACCAGGCCUAUAUGUGGUCAUCGAGAUCUCCAUACUCCGAAGAAAAUCGCCACCGUAGCGGUGAUCAUCUGGAUAGGGUCAGUCGCACUCAUGGUCGUACCUCCUCUUCUAGGCAUCGGGACACUCGGUUAUUCCACAUACUACGGCACAUGUUCUUUGGCAGAUGCAAACGAACUAAACUCGUAUUAUUCCAGGCUUCAGGGGGUUUUCAUUGCUAUUGCUCUGGUGCUAACCCUGAUGUUUUACACCAUGCUUUUGCGCUUUAUUUUGCGACACAAUAAGCAGUUUCGAGACAAGUACGCGGUUGAUGAAGAUACCGGUUCAAGCUCAAAAGAGGCACAUCCGAAAAGGGCUUCUUCGUCCGUUUCUGUAGGUUCAUGUCCACCCAUGAUCAAGGCCAUCAACCAAAAGGAAAUUGAGAUCACCAAGAAUCUCUUCAUGGUCGUCUGUGUGUUCAUGCUCUGUUUCCUACCCACCCUUGUGAAUUACGUCAUACCCGGUUCCAGUAUAUCCACACUGUAUACUACGGUGAUCCUUAUGGCUAACGGCGUAGUCAAUCCGAUAAUCUACGGACUGAAGCAUCCUAAAUUUCAAAAAGCCUUCAAGAGGAAUCCUGCUGCUGACGCAAACAUAACAUUAACGACUACUCAAAAAUCACCGUGUCGCCGCUGA